CUGCGGACGCCAACAAACUUCUGCGGCAUUCGUUUGCAUCAUGCCCUCUCAGGCCGAAUCACAGACCGCCGCGGCCUCCCCAGCCCCCCAACAGCCCCAAGAGAGGGAGGACGCAGGCGAUGUGGAUGGGUUUGAGUUCAAGAGCAUCACUGACUUCCCCGAGUACGCCACCAUCUGUCAGUUUGAGCUCACCAGCCCCAGGAGCAUCCUCGCUUGCGCAAAUGAAGGCAUAGAUCCCGCUGAUCUCUUCUACAAGUGAUGACGGGAAGGGCCGCUUUCUCAUGGUGUUCUCAUUUUCCCUAUGUUCUUGUGUGCAGGCCGAUAGAGACGUUUGCCGAGAAGGGUCUGGAGCCGAGGCUCAUCAAACUCAGAUACGACUUCUUCGAGGCCAAAAGACAAGGUAUCCCGCUCACCGCUCACACACUGUCUGGACGGAUGGCAAUCCGUUGGUGUGUGUUUCAGAUGUGUUGGCGGCUGUCCGUCGGGCCUACGAGAAGAUCUGCGAGAAGAAUCCGUCCAUAUCGGCCCUCCACACCAGCAGAACCCUCAUCCCCGCCCUCUCGCUCUCACAGCCGCCCCCAUUCUAUGGCCAACCCACAACAGGACCUACUCCGCUCCUUGAUGCCCUCGGGCCGUCGCGCCGAGGGGGCAAGCAGGGCAAGUCCGCACCGACACCGACACCGGGCGCUUUGCCGCUGUCUCUGUCCACUUUCUCUGCCGGCGUACACGCGCAUGAGUCCAAGAGUGUGCGCAGUGUGGGGGCGGGGAGCGCUGUGGACGCUAGCCUCCUCAGCGCCGUCAGCUCGACCGAAGUGGCCGACAGUUCGGCACUCAGGUACCUCCCUCCCUACCCUCCUGAGACAUCUGAUUGUAGGUGUUGUGUGGGUGAAGGUUGGAGCGUGCGCGCCACGAGAGGGUCAAGGAGCACGAGAAGCGGUGGAUCCGCAACACCUUGGAGGCCACCAUCCAGCACGUCAAGGACCUCGAGCACGGCUCAGAGGUCCUCGAGGCAGACACCAAACUGGCCGAGCAGAAGAUGGCCGAUGCUUCACGCAGACUCAAGGAGCUCAACGACAAGAGGGUGAGACGAGGGGGUCAUUGAUUGCGUCUGUGCGUCGUUCAUGUGUGUGAUUGCAUUGCAUGCAGCGUCAAGAGAGGGACGAGAAGCAGGCUGGGCUGCGGAUGAUGCAGAAGAUCGAGAGAGAAAAGGUAAGGUCACCACCUGCCCCGCCGUAUCUGUUUGUUUGUGCACGUGCAUGUGUGUGUGUGCUGCCCGGCUGCGUUACCAACUUCAAUAGGCCAAGGAAACCUUCGAGCGGGAGCUCAAGGAGGAGCAGCAGCGCGUCCAGAAGGAGGUAAGCGGCAUUCAUGGUGCACAACACGGGCAAGGCAAGCUGGAUCCAUCAUCGGGCCCGCCAUGAGACACAACACAUGUCUAUCCGUCUGUCUGCAGUUCGCCGAGGCCCGCCGGCGAUUCGAGGUCCAUGUGGCCAACGAGAAGAAAAAGGUACGUACGUACGAGCGUGGCCAGUGAGCAUCAUGAAUCAAUCCACCCAUACUCGUCACGUGAGCAUAUCUACGUGGCUGCAGGCCGACUUCCAGAGGCAGCAGGAGCUCGCCAGGGACCGGUGGGCAAAUGGAUGCGUGGAGACAGACAGACAGGCAGACAACAGCACGCCAUGUGCCUAUGUGUGCGCACAUCACAUGCAGUGAGUAUCAGCGUCAGCAGGAGCGGCUGGCCAACAUGCUCAAGCAAGACGAGGAGAGAGGCCGCAUUCUCCAGAAGUCCAGAGACGUAAUCCAACAAGCAAGGGAAGAACGGCGCCACAAAAGGGAAUUGAAUGUCUGUGUGUGUAUGUGUGUGUCUACAUACCAUACAGGAGUUCCAGCGGCACCUCCGGGAAAAAAAGGCGGACAAGGACGCCAAGAUACAGGUGGGUGUGUUCGUGUAUGUGAUAGCUAGGUCAGGACACACAGGAGACACGUCUGUGUCUCUCUGUUUGUCUGUCUGUCUGCCUACAGGCUGCGUUGAGCAAGGACGAGGCCAUUCGCGAGGAGAAGCGUCGCGCGUAUGAAGAGAAGAAAGAGAGAGAAAACACCAAGGAGGAAAUGCAGGCACAGAGAAGGGUCAGCACCCCCUCGAUCCCCUCACACACACACACACACACAGAGACACCAUCUCUUUCUCUCUCCUGGUUUUGCGUGUGUGUAUGUGUGUGUAUGCAGGCGCUGCAGCAGGAGGAGUCCGCCAAGCGUUCCUUCCAGCUGAUGAUGAAGCGCCGCAUCGCCGCCGACGAGGCCAAGCGCAAGCAGGAGGAGUUCCAGCACAACGUCCAGGAGCACCAGCGGCAGGUCGACGAGAGGCUCAAGGAGCACCAGGCCAAGCAGCAGAAGUACCUCCAGUUCAAGAGGGAGCUCGACGCUCUCAAGGAGAACAACAAAGAAAUGAACGUCGAAAGGUAUCUACAGGACAGCCACACACACACACACACAUGGAUGGAUGGAUGGAUGGAUGGUAUGAAUGUAUGUGUUGGAUGUUGGUGUGGAUGUGGUGUGCAGGCAGCGUCGUCGUGACGCCUUCCGUCGGGCGCAGCUGCAGGCAGACCUCAACAGCAAGCUGGGCAAGGCCACGGCGCUGGAGAUGGAGAGGGCCCACAUGUGGAACGAGCGCAAACAAAUGAUCGUGGCCGCACAGCUGCAGCGCAGGAAGGUCAGCCGAGCAGCACGGACGGACGGCAAAGAAAGAAAGACAGAGGGAAGAGGAGGCGACGCAUUCAGACAUUGGUGUCUGUCUGUCUGUCUGUGUAUUGUCUAUUGUGCAGAUCAAGGAGCAGAUCCACCAGAUGCACCUCAAGUCAAGCUUCAGCUCCGACCAGAUGUAGCCACACAAGGAGAGACACAGCACGUGGUGGUCAUCCACCCACUUUCUUUGUCUCCGUGGGUGUCUCCUUCUGUGUCAGUGUGCGGACCAUCCUGGAGCUGCAGUCCGAGCCCCAGUUCCAAUGCAUCGCCCUCGACGACUUCUCCUCCUCCCACGCACACUCACUCCAGAGCCACAACCCCCACGCAGCGUCAAUGCCAGCACUACUCCACCAACAACCACAGGAAAAGCCAAAGACAAAAGAGAGAGAUGAGGCCAAGGGCGAGAGGCGGGAAGAGGAAGAGGAGGUCCAGCGUGUGUCUGGGCCGCACAUUCUGGUGCCUGGGAAGCACCCUUUUGCGGCGACAGCUAACACUACUGGAAAUGGCAACAAUGGUGCUGGGGAGCAGGGAGCGGGGGAGGUGAGGACAUGAAUGACGUGACGUACGUCUGUGUGAGCCUUCUUUCU